AUGUCUUCCGAAGAAUACUCAUAUGAUGAACAAUAUGAAACUGACACCGAAGAUGAUCAGGUUCAACUCAAACUUAUUAGUAGAACGAUAGAUGGAAAAAAAGUAAAUGAAAGAGUACCACCUGUAUUUGUAUUUGCACUGAAUGCAGGGAGACAAGAAACAAUAAGCGAAAGACAGUUACCACCAUAUAUUUCAAUACAAGAUUCUAAAUUAAAUUUUAAAUCUAAAAUAGAUGGUUCUACUGCUCUUCAUAUUGCUGCUGAAACUGGCAAAUCAAAUUUUGUUAAACAACUUCUUACUGCAGGAAUUACAAAAAGUGCCCAAGACAUUAAUGGAAAUAAUGCACUAAUUAGAGGGGUUAUUGCAGGAAGAACUAAUGCAUGUGUAUAUUUAGCAAGAAAAAUGAAUAAAACAGGAAUUGAUUCACAAAAUAAAUUAGGAGAAUGUGCGAUUUAUAUUGCAUGUAGAAGAAAUAAUUUAAAAUUAUUAGAAAAACUCAUUAAGUAUGGAGGAAAUGUUAAUAUACAAAAUAAUAAAGGAAUCACACCAUUAAUGGUGGCAUGUUUUAAUAUGAAUUUAGAAAUGAUAAAUCUAUUAAUAAAAGCAGGAGCUAAUAUUGAUACAGUUGAUUCAGACAAAUCAAAUUGUUUACAUUAUAUGGCUAAAUCAAAAAGUCUUAAUAAAAUAACUAAUUUCGGUGCUUAUUUUGAUUAUUUUAGAAAAAGUGUUGCUGCAGCUGAAGCAGCUGAUAUUAAUGAAAAACAGCCAUUAUUUUAUGCUCUUCAAAGUGAAUGUGAACCAUUAGUUAAUUUUCUUCUUAAUGUUACUUCAUUAAAAGAUGUUAGAUUAGUAUAUAAUGAAGAAAAUACAAUUGCAAAGAAAGAAGUUAUUGAAGUUAAAUCUAAUACUGAUGAAUUUGGAUAUGUUAAAGAUCAAAUUCAAACAGAAGAUGAAAUUAAAAAAAUUACUUCACAAGAAAGAGAAAAAAAAUGGGAAAUAAUGUUAGAUGAAUGGAAUAAAAGUGGAAAGAUUCCAAGGGCUUUAUUCCAUAGAGUAUAUAAAUUUGUUCCACUCAAUAAAAGAAAGAAAUACUGGGAAAUUGAAUUAAAAAUAAAUCAGUCUAUUCAAGAAUAUAAUGGUUAUUUUGCUCGUAUUACUGAAUUACCAGAACGUGGUAAAGAUGACGAACAAAUUCAUAAAGACGUUAUGAGAGCUCAUCAAAAUAAUGUUCAUUUUAUGGCUAAAUUUAAUGAUGGGCAAAGAACUUUAUUUAGAGUACUAAGAGCAUGGUCUAUGCAAGAUGAUUUAGGUUAUGUUCAAGGAAUGUCAGACCUUUGUGGGUUUUUAAUAUUAAUACUUCAAGAAGAAGAAGAAGUUUAUUGGGGAUUUAAUGCUUUAAUGAAUAAUCCAAAAUACAAUUUAAGAGAAAUGUUUUUACCAGGAUUUCCUGGAAUUAAUAAAUGUGCAUUUGUUGCAAUGAAAGUUAUGAAAAAAUACCACCCAAAAAUAUUUUAUCAUUUAAAAUCUAAAGAAUAUGAUUUUGAUAAUUGGAAAACUUAUAUGUUAGAAUACUUCAUGUUAUGGUUCUGCAGAUGUUUCCAUCCAGAAUUUGAAGUAAGAAUUCUUGAUUUAAUUUUAAUGGAAGGAUGGGAAAUUGUGUUCUCCAUUUUUAGUGCAAUUCUUCAUUAUUCAAAAGUUGAAAUAUUAAAAAUGAAUGAGUAUAUUUUCAUUGAUAAAGCCUUGGCUGAUCCUAUGACUCUUAUGGGUAAUCAAUUUAACCAAGAUAAAUUUAUUAAUUUUGUCAAAAAAGCAAGAAUCACUCCAAAAGAAAUUAAAAAAUGGUACAAUAUUGCUGGAACAUUACAUAAGAAAUAG